UUGAAGAUAACACGCUUUGCAAUGGCGGGAGACCCCCUGCAGAGGGAGAGGAAAGUCAUGAACCGGGUUGUUCGAGCGACGAACAGCCAUAGCGCUGUAUUGGCUAUCCUGGAAAACCCGCCAUAUUGGUUUCUUUUCUGAAUACAUUUGUUAACUUCAUGAAUAGGAAAUAGGGUUCGAAAUUCGGAAUUAAGGUGUGUAGAAUGUCCUAUCACACGUCCCUUGAACACAACUAUGGACAACAGCUAGCGAAGCCUCUGCACAUACAGCAGAUCGAAAGUGCCCUGUGCUUGGAACCAUUUCUCACUCAUGUGGAGAAAAUCAUUAAUGAGCCACCAACUCGCAGUGAUCCUUAUGACAGUACAGACAGCGAAUAUGACCUUCAGCCUUGUCUCCGUGAUGACGAGGAAAACAAAAUUCUAAAUGGCAUUACCAUCACAAAGGCUGAGAGAAAGGCUGAUAAAACCAGACUGUAUAAUUUCAGUCGUGUGAAAAAGGGAAGGAAAUGGCUUAAGAACAUCCUAUUGAGUGACAGUUCCUCUGAUGAAGAUGAAGAGAAAGAAAUCAGACAGGAGGACCUGCAUGCCAUGCUCAAGAUACAUAAACACCAGAGGAAGCAUCAAAUGCAGUUCUACCAGGAUAAUGAGCUCCAUCAGUUCCAGUACUACAGUACAGGUUUACUGUCAAACUUUGACAAAUACAAUGAUCAUCAAAAAUCAUUCAUGGGACCAAAGAGAAAAAUAUCCAAAGAUCAGAAAAAACUGGAGAGAAAGUUAAAAGUGAAAUUAAAAAAGCUGAAAAAAGAGAAGCGUUUAGGAAAUGGACAAGCAGAACUUGACCUAGACCCUGAUCUGAUAGAGGCAUUCCUGGCCCACAAAAGGCAAGCUGCUUCUAAAUCAGCAAAAGUAAAAAAAUUAACACCAGAACAGGCUGACGCCAAGCGCAGGAGGUUGUGGAUCUCCAUUGCCAAGAAGGAAAUACCUAAGGCACAAAAACAAAAAGCAUCAGCCAGGAAGGAAAUGCUGCAGACAUUUAAAAAGAUUGGCCAGCAAUGUAUGCGUGAGUGUAGGAGAGCUGCUAUUCAGUCACAGAAAACCAUGAAAGAAAUUCCAUCUCGUGCCAAACGGUUGUCACGUGAAAUGCAGACCUAUUGGAAACGCUUUGAAAAGGUGGAGAAGGAACAUCGGAAAAGAGCAGAGAAAGAAGCUCAGGAACAAAGGAAGAUGGAUGUAGAACUCAGAGAGGCUAAGAGACAGCAGAGGAAGCUUAACUUUCUCAUCACUCAGACAGAGCUGUAUGCUCAUUUCAUGGCGAGAAAGAUGACAGGAGACGGGGAGAGUUACAAAGAAAAGAUCCUGCGCCAACUAGAUGAAGCUCGACCACAGAAAGACAUUGAGGUGGAUGGCGGCGUUCUUGUAGAUGUGGCAUCAGAUGACUAUGACAGUGAUCGAGUGAAGAAUCUUGCUUUGAGGAAUGCUGAGGAUGCCUACAAAACCCACAAAGCCAAGACUGCUACAUUCAACAGUCGGAUGUCCAGUAAAUCUACAUUUGAUCCAUCGGAAUCAAGUUUUGCCAACCCAUCAAUCAGCACUGAUGUUGACAGGCCACAGCCAAAUAUAUUUGAAGGAACAUUGAAAACUUACCAGCUCAAGGGAAUGAACUGGCUAGCUAACCUUUAUGACCAAGGGAUAAAUGGUAUUCUGGCUGAUGAGAUGGGACUUGGAAAAACUGUGCAGAGUAUUGCUGUCCUGGCUCAUCUAGCUGAGACUCAGGGAAUCUGGGGUCCUUUCCUGGUUGUUGCUCCGGCAUCAACACUACAUAACUGGCAGCAGGAGAUAGCACGAUUCCUGUCCAAGUUCAAGGUUGUGCCCUACUGGGGUAAUGCCACAGACCGGCGAGUUCUGAGGAAGUUCUGGGAUUCUAAGUGUCUGCACACCAAAGAUGCUUCAUUUCACGUGGUCAUCACUAGUUACCAGCUGGUCAUUCAGGACGUCAAGUAUUUCCAGCGCAUCAAGUGGCAGUACAUGAUCCUUGAUGAGGCUCAGGCACUUAAGAGCAGUAGCAGUGUGAGGUGGAAAAUACUUCUAGGAUUCAAUUGUCGCAACAGACUGCUCUUAACUGGAACACCAAUACAGAACAGUAUGGCAGAGCUUUGGGCGUUGUUACAUUUUAUUAUGCCAACACUGUUUGAUUCCCAUGAUGAGUUUAACGAGUGGUUCUCCAAAGACAUCGAAAGUCAUGCUGAAAAGCAAUCUGGCAUUGAUGAAAACCAAUUGUCCAGACUUCAUAUGAUCUUGAAGCCGUUCAUGUUGCGGCGAGUUAAAAAGGAUGUGGAGAAUGAGCUGUCAGAUAAGAUUGAGAUCUUGGUGUACUGCCCACUCACCUUGAGACAGAGGCUGUUGUACCGUGCCAUCAGGAACAAGAUCUCUAUUGACGACCUGCUGUGUAGCACCAAUGCCAACUCGUCCCAGUCCCAGAACACCACCAGUAGUCUCAUGAACAUUGUCAUGCAAUUCAGGAAGGUGUGUAACCAUUCAGAGUUAUUCGAGCGACGGGAGGUCAGGUCUCCUCUCUACAUGACAGGACUUUCCUACCAAGUGCCAAAACUUGUAUACCGUGAAGGUAUCCAGUAUUAUGCUGUCAACAGCAAACAGAGACUGAUGUACAGCACCUUGUAUAUACACUCACCGGACCACGUUCAUAGUUCACUGUCUUCAGGGUCCCAUGUUGAUAGCUGUUUCUCAUUCUCCAGAUUUAUAGACUUGUCCCCGCAAGAACUUCAUGCUCACAUGGCUGGGGGCAUUCUGGUUAGGUGGUUAGCAAUUUUUCUAAUGCUGAAGUCGGAAUAUCGGAUACACCACUCGGGAGCCUGGCCCUGCAAAGUCCAAAAGUCUAGAAGACACUGUUUAGAAAGGACCGGCCUUUAUCUCGCUCCACACCAGCCCUUGUCACACCCCAGUCUGGCCAAGUCACGAUACCUACGCCAUUUUGUGUUCAAUACUGCCGCUACCCCGUUUUACACCUUCACCACACAUGAGUACCACUGCAUGCAGGAGACACAGGGCCACCAAGCAAUCCGAUUACGCAAUCUCCGUGCUAGUCAUACUGCAAAGAAAAAUCCAUUGAGUCCACCACACUCGCCAACGAAAGCCCAUAAACAGUUGGAAGCAUUGGAGUUGCCAGUGCACAUGCACCAGUACCGGGAGCCUGUGGUGUACCCCUGUCAGCCUACAGACGUCCCCAGCUUUCUAUACUACACCAUGCCUAAGAUCCAAGUGAGCAGUCAUAAGUGGGAGACAUGUGACAGAAGUGGGGCAUGGCAGGUCCUGAAGGAAAGUCUUUGUGGUACACUGGAGGCACGCAACAGUCUCCUAUAUGGGACACAAGAUAUUUACACACAGAUCCGCUGGGGAAACCCCUGGAGCUUCAAAACAACACAACCUGCAGGAAUCUAUGCUGCCCGACCCAAACACGGCUGGUUUGGCAUUUAUGCUCCAGAUAAAGAGACACUGGUUGCUGAUGCUGGGAAGCUGUUUGUCCUGGACACACUUCUACAGAGACUCAAGAAAGAGGGUCACAGGGUGCUCAUCUACUCACAGAUGACCCGCAUGAUAGAUCUGCUUGAGGAGUAUAUGUGGCACCGGAAACACACCUAUAUCAGACUGGAUGGAUCGUCCAAGAUCUCCGAGAGACGAGACAUGGUGGCUGACUUCCAGAACAGGACAGACAUCUUUGUGUUUCUUCUGAGUACACGAGCGGGUGGUCUGGGAAUCAACCUCACUGCUGCUGAUACUGUGAUAUUCUACGACAGCGACUGGAACCCUACUGUGGACCAGCAGGCCAUGGACCGUGCCCACAGACUAGGACAGACCAAGCAGGUCACUGUCUACCGCCUGGUGUGUAAGGGCACCAUAGAGGAGCGCAUACUGCAGCGAGCCAAAGAGAAGAGCGAGAUCCAGAGAAUGGUGAUCAGUGGAGGCAACUUCCGUCCUGAUGUGCUCAAGCCGAAGGAAGUUGUAUCCCUCCUCAUUGAUGAUGAUGAGAUGGAAUCGAAAUUGUUUACAAGGCAGGAUGAAAAGAAAAUUAAAGAGGAGGGACACAAGGAGAAAGAUAAAAAGAGGAAACGGGAGUCCUAUGGACGGAAACGUGAUAUGAAGAAGUCAAAAGCAGAGGAGGUGAAUUUCACUAUAGCGGCAGGUGACACAGAGUCUGUGGCCAGUGUUGACUCCACUUCUGUGCCAGCUAGCCCUCAGAGUGUCAUGUCAUAUGGGAGUGAGGUCAUGCAUCAGUCAAGUCUGUAUGGUGCAGAUGACAGUAGCAACGACGGCCUUGUCAUUGUGGAUGAUGCCCACGCAACAUAUCAAGGUAAUAUAACACCCUCCACCAAGCGAGGGAAGAGAGGUCGGCCAAAAGGCUCCAUGUCUGGCACUGGUCGACGGCCACGAGGGAGGGGCAGUGUAAGGAAGGCCCUGAGUGCGGCCGAGAUAGCGGGAGCACAGGCAGGCAUGACCGCAGCGUAUGCGGCCUAUGGAUACAACUUCACAGGUGCAUCUCCCUCCCCCUCUCGUGGGGCUCACCUGUCAACAGACUCCCCAAAGUCAAGUUCACCUGUGCCAGUAACCCCACACUCCAAGCCUCCCAGCUGAUGUUAGCUGCCCUAGGAGUCACGACAGUUGUAUUUGCUCAAGACUUCAGUCCCAAACUUUGACAUGUGGUAUUUAUUACAUAAUGCCACAGCGUGUUCACUGGAGUUUCUUUUUCAUUGAAAGAGUCGAGACAGACAGCACUUGUUUAAUAGGGGCAGACCUGUCCGUAGUCAAUUAACUCUGAUAGGGCACUGGGUUUUACCUUGUCUUUAGAAGAAAGGGCUUGACAGUUGCUGCUUCUUUUUAUAGUGAAAAUGAUCUUGGUGGUGUGUGAAUUUGUGAGGGACUACUGUAUAUAAAACAAAUCUAAUUUGUGAAUUCCCCUGGUAGUUUGUAUUGAAUGGGAAGUGAGAGUUAUUAUUUUCACUUGUUUGUAUCAUGAGUAAAUAAGCAGAACAAAACCUAUCAUGAAGAAAAUUAAGGAUUACAUAUAAGAAUUAAUUUAUAAUUUGAUUUUUAAUAUCAGAAAAAUAUUCUCAUCUUUGAAUGAAGAUUUUGAAGUAUAAAAAACGUUAUUUUAUCAACACCUGUGCUUGUUUUACCUGAUUAUAUUAUGUAAUAUUACGUUAUUGAGAUUUAAUAUUAUUGUAAUCAAUUGUUAUGAAUUAUGGACAGCUAUAUUUACCAGAGCAGUGCUGUUUCUAUGUUACCAGUAUACAUACAUAUAGAAACUACUGGUGUUAAUGCUUGCAUCAUGUGUUAGUAUUCUUUAAUAGUGCUCAUGUUCCUAAAUCAGGAUAUCAGAUUUGUCUUUCUAAUUAAUAAACAGUCACAUGUAGAUAAUGUUUCUAAUCAAUGACAACAGUUGUGUUCACGUAAAUGGUUAUAAUCAGGAUGUUGUGUGUUUUAUGUUUUUACUUGGAACAGUGUUUUUGUUCAACAUGCAAACCAUAACAGUAAAUGGUAACUCCAGACAAUAAAUAAAAGCUCUCAGAUUUGCAGCUUGAUAUAACGAUGUUACAAAUACAUGAUUGUGAUUUUGAGAUUAUUUCCUAUUUGAGAUGAUUGUAUAUUUUUAUGCAUAAAGCUUCAUUUUGAAAAUGUACAAUUACAAAAUUAAAAACAUUAAAGCUAACUGAACAACCAGUUAUUUUGCUGUAUGUGAUAUCAUUUUAAUGAUACAAUAGGCCCUAUGGCUGUUAAUGAUGGGAGUCUAUGAUAGUCCAUCACCCAUAAAACAACAGAAAAAUGUAAUGUACUCUGUGAAGUAUUCCACACUGUCUAUUCUAAGAUAAGGAAGUACAUAAGUAUGUACUGUAGGGUCUGAAAACAUUGGAAACCUCAUAAAUAAAAUGUGUUCCCUGUUAAUUAAUUACAUUCAACCAAAUGACGUGUAUUGUUACAUGGUAGUUCCCUUGUUAUCAGACCCCCAUCUGUACUAAUGGAGGAGAGUCUCUAAGUUCACACUCCGUCAGUUGUCAGUCCAUGUACCUGUCAUACUGUAUUGGGUGGUAGUUCCCUUGUUAUUAGACCCCCAUCUGUACUAAUGGAGGAGAGUCUCUAAGUUCACACUCCGUCAGUUGUCAGUCCAUGUACCUGUCAUACUGUAUUGGGUGGUAGAAUGUUGUAUACUAAAAUAGGGUUUUGUGCCUCACCAUUUGCGGAGUUGAAGCCCUUUGUUAAUUUUUAACAUAAAAUGUGUCUGAAGAGGAUUGACCGCAAUACUUUUCUUUGUUUAAAUAUAUAGAAUGUAUGUUUAAAAUAUAAAUGGAUGUUAGUUUUAUUGAAAAAAUAAGAACGAGGAAAAUAUCAAUUUUAUAGCUUAUUGGUUUCCCAGCCAGAAACUUCAAAAUAGGAUUGUCAAACUCCAUGUAUUUUUACUUCAUUAUGCUCCAAAAAAGAUUGAAGAAUUAACAUACAUAUAUAAUGUAAAGGUUUCACCAAAUAUCAUCAGAACAAAUGUAUAUAAAGGAUUCACCAGAGAUCUUUAAUCUGAAGAAUAAGGGCAGAUUUGAGUUUCAAAUACAUGUAUACCUUUUGUUUUGAAAAACAAAUGGUGAUAUUAUUUUUAUCAAUUGAAUUUCAAACUAGUGACAAAAAUAAAUUGUGAUUUAAACAUCCAGCCUAAACUAAUUUCUAACUUGUUGAUAUGCCUAGUAUUUGUACACUUCUUGUAUAUCAAGGAAGUUUAUACAAGUGUAAUGGUGUACAUAGACAUGGCACAGAUCCCCAAAUCAGUCAGCAUACAUCUUACACAUACCCUACUAAAUGUAUGUAUAUAGACUGUGGUGAGGAUCUGUGCUACUCCUCUGUGUAAUGGUGUACAUGGACAUGGCACAGAUCCCCAAAUCGGUCCGCAUACAUCUUACACAUACCCUACUAAAUGUAUGUAUACGGACUGUGGUGAGGAUCUGUGCUACUCCUCUGUGUAAUGGUGUACAUAGACAUGGCACAGAUCCCCAAAUCAGUCCGCAUACAUCUUACACAUACCCUACUAAACGUAUGUAUACAGACUGUGGUGAGGAUCUGUGCUACUCCUCUGUGUAAUGGUGUACAUGGACAUGGCACAGAUCCCCAAAUCAGUCCGCAUACAUCUUACACAUACCCUACUAAACGUAUGUAUACAGACUGUGGUGAGGAUCUGUGCUACUCCUCUGUGUAAUGGUGUGCUGUAAAAGAGAUGAACAGAUAUAUGCAUUAGAUUUCUUUGUGAUAACCUUACAAAUAAAUUUGUAUUCUAAUGUAGUUUGUGA